AUGGAUAUCUCUUUAAAUGAUUGGUACGACUCUCAUCUUUAUGAAAUUCAACAUCAAAUCCAACAAUUUUUAGAGUCUCUUGACCCAACCCAUUUAGAACUUUAUCAAACACUAUUAAAUGAUACUUGGAAUGACCUUCAUCAAACAGAAGUAAUUUCAUUACAAAGUGCUCAAUUUCUUGUAAACGAUCAAGUAAAAGAAGACAAAGAACAGUACCUUGCUUUCAUAAAACAAACAGUGAAUAGAAUUGGAUCAUUGAUGAGACUAUUCAAAGACAUUCACAUCAAUAAACACUCUCUCAAAGAAAUUCGUAUUACACAACCAAUCAUUAUUGUUGGUCUUCCAAGAAGUGGAUCAACAACACUAUUUAAUAUAAUGUGUGCACACACUAAAGCUCAUUACUUUACAUCAUGGCAGGCUUUGUGUCCUGGGUUUUCAACGAUAACAGAAAAAGCACAACGCCAAUUCACAGAAUAUAUUCAUAAUAUGAUGAAAAGAGGGUGUGAUGAUUUUGAUAAAAUUCAUGCAAUUAAUCCAGAUGCAAAUGAAGAAUGUGUGUUUCAAUACAAUUGCUAUGGUUUGUAUUUUGCUCAUUGUAUGGCAUUGCCACAAUACAAGGACAUUGUUUGUAACCUCUUUUCUUCAUGGAAUUCAUUAAUGGACUUCGAAUGGAAUGUAUAUAAAUUAAAUCUUUUAAGAAGACCAAUGAACAAUGGCCAAUUCUUAAUUAUAAAGAAUGCAACGUUAUUGUGUGUGUUAAAAGAUGUAUUGUCGUCAUGCCCAGAUAUUCGGUUAAUAUGGAUUCAUCGCAAUCCAUAUGACAUCAUUAAAAGUUCUAUUCCUUACUUCAAAACAAUCAAAAAUACAUUUUUAACGAAAACAAAUCAGGAAAAAGUUUCUGAUGAAUGGUUAUCUCAUAACAUUGCAGAGAUAGAGAACUGUAUCUUGAAACAAGCGAUAGAUGUACGAAAUGAAUGGGUCAAACAAAAUCCAUCAAGACAAUCACAAAUUUAUGAUGUUUUCUUCAAUGAGAUAAUCAAAGACCCUCUUUCUGUUGUUGAAUCUAUUUAUCAUCAUUUUAGUAUUAAUAUUAGUGAAAUUGAUAAAGAAGUAAUGAAAAAAGCAUUGACUAAUGACUAUCAAUCAAAAAUUGGGAGAAUGACAACCAACUCAGUUCCAAUAAGUAAAGAAGAAGUUAAUAGUCUUUACGACUGGUACAUCAAACAAUUUUUUUCAAAGAAACUUUAA